AUGCCAGACCAACCGACCUUUUACGAUCCCACCUCUCCCAACGAACAAGCUCCUCCCCUCCCAUCCGCCCCCCUCCAACAACUCACACCCCAAACCGUCCUCCAACCACCACUCUCCCGCCGCGGCACGGGCCCAGGUCUCAUCCUCCUUCUCCCUCCAAAUAUAGACCCAAGCACACGCCCUGAAAAGCCACUAGAUCCGGAACCCGUUCAAAAAUGGGCAGAAGAGGGCUUCACAGUCGUUGGCAUCACAGGCACAUCUGACAUGGUCCCUCUCAUCACAGACGCAGUGGACAUUAUUAAAACGCACGAGAACGUCAACAUUAAGGAUAAAAUCGGGAUUAUAGCGUAUGAAUGCCCCAAGGAUCUGUCCACAUCUCAAUUACCGCCUGAAAUUGUCUGCGUGGCUGCAUUCACAGAACCAACCACUGUGCACCUCCCGACAUACUUCCACACAUCUACACAGGAUUAUAACAAGACACGCAAUGUAACAGUGUCAACAUACCCAAAUGUUAAACAGCACUUCGUACUGCCUAACUCGAGCAGUUAUGAUCCGCCCUCUGCCAACAUCGCACAUACCCGGAAUCUCGUAUUUCUCAAGAAACACAUUGGCGGACCAGAGUUUGACAUUGAAGCUAUAUGGGAAGAACACACAUAUUGGGAAUUUGAGAGAAGAAGCGUAGCACAAACCAUGGCUACAAUGGUUGCCGAGCCAUAUGUGAACCAUGUCCCAACAAUGACGGGCGGCAUGGGACGCAAAGCCCUCACAAAAUUUUACAGAGACCACUUUAUUUUCUGUAAUCCACCCGAUACGGCUCUACAACCCAUUUCCCGAACCGUAGGCCAAGACAGAGUCGUCGAUGAAUUCAUCUUCUCGUGUACUCACACGUCUCACAUACCGUGGCUACUGCCCAAUAUCCCCCCCACAAACGUCAAGCUCGCCAUUCCUAUGCUGGGCGUCAUCAACGUCCGUGGGGAUAGACUGUAUCACGAGCAUAUCUGGUGGGACCAGGGGACUGCGCUUCGGCAGGCGGGUUUGCUACCUACGCAUUUACCUGGACCUGAUGGGCGGAUGUUGCGACUUCCUGUUGCGGGGGUAGAGUGUGCGAGACUGUUGGUAGAUGAGACGGAUGGGAAGAGUAACGAGAUGAUUGAGGGGGAGAUUGGCUAUUGA